ACAUUCUUCAGUAUUUCGCAAACAGCAUAUUGUCUGGAUUCACGUGUUUAAAAAAAAAACAUCCGUAAUAAUUAGCUUCUAUAUUUUCCUAAUCAAUCUGUUCGUUAAUAAUUUCCUUCUUCAAUCUUCUCUUCUCGUUUUUCUAGCCAGUGAUAAAAUUUCUCCCCUGUUCUGAAGGACACUGUGUCUUCUUUCUCUUUCCUCUGCCAUGUCGACCUGUUCAUUUCUGCGCUGUCUUAAGAUUUACUUGAUUAAUUCUUCCGCUGUGGGUAGAUUUUCAUCUUUUCCCCCCGCAAUAUCGAAUGAAUGCUACUGUUGCUGUGGACGAUACAUGUAAAAUGAAUUCUGUGCAUCCUUUCUCACCGUUUCCUAUUACUAUGCCGAACAAAAAAACAAUUCUGGCUUAAAACUUACGUGCUUUUGAAUCGUUUUCUCUAACUGUACGUCUGUUUUGGACCAGAAUCUUUUCAGCUUUAGGGCACGUCCACCAGAUGGGAGAAAAUCUUGACAUUUCUCCCGCGUGAAUCUUCUGGAAAUGGCUGGAAGCAUCAAAGGGCCCGAACGGAGGAUCGUCCUGGUGGGCAAAACCGGCAACGGGAAAAGCGCAACGGGAAACACCAUCCUAGGAGCCGACAUCUUUAACUUUGGGAUGUCCUCUAAGUCGAUAACGCAGACGUGCCAGAAAGAGGAGACGUGGUCGAAAGGCCGGAAGAUUGUGGUGGUUGAUACGCCGGGCUUUUUCGACACCGAGGUCCCCGGGCGGGUAACGGCUGCCGAAGUGAAGAAGUGCGUGAGCAUGUGCGUCCCGGGCCCGCACGUCAUUCUGCAGGUGAUGCGUCCAGGCCGUUUCUCCCAGGAGGAGAAAGACGUGGCCAAGCUGAUCAAGGAGAUCUUCAGCUUGAACGCCAAGAAUUACAUGAUCACCUUGUUCACCCGGAAAGAUGACCUGGAAGGGCAAACCCUGGAGGAAUUUCUCUCCAAGGGAGACGCCUCGCUUCGGGAACAGCUGGCCCAGUGCGGGAACCACUACCUGGCUUUCAACAACAAGGCCAAAGGCGAAGAGCGGGAGGAACAGAUGGCCGAAUUGAUGACCAUGAUUGAUGAGCUGGUGGAGAAGAACAAAGGGGCAAAUUAUUACACGGAGGCCAUGAUGAAGAAAGACGAAGAGCAGUAUAAAGGGAGAAAUUACUCCUGGUGUUCUCUUCUCUAACGGACCUACUGGAAGACACGCCGAAGGCAGACAUAAACAACUUCAAAGAGAUAUAUGGCUUCUCCUGGUGGUCUUUUCUCUAACGCAGCGGUCCCCAACCCCCGGUCUGUGGACCGGUACUAGACCGGGCCAUGCCAGCAACCGGUCCGCAAAAAAAAAAAAAAAAAAAAAGCAAAGCCCCAUCUGCGGGAUGCAGGCAGCACACAAAACCACGUACUCUCCGGUCCGUGGAAAAAUCUGUCUCCACGUAACCGGUCUCUGGUACCCAAAAGAUUUGGGACCUCUGCUCUAAUGGACACUGGAAAGACUCUCUACUUGAUCUUCUGCUCCAAGGGGCCCACUCUGCCCUGCGUUUCCCCCCUUCUGCUCAGAGUUCUAAUCCAGCCCAAGACGCCGAGUCCGAGAUUCGUGGCGGAGUCACCCUGAGCCGAUUCCUUCUGCCGAGAACCCAGUUUCUCCCUUCAGACGACAGGGCCUGGGAAGUUCCUGCCCUCAAUCGGCCCCACAGCCUAUAUCUCCACCAUCCUGAAUCCAGGUCCUUCUGGAAGGACACUCCGUUUGGGGCUUCCCACCCAUCAGUCCUUCAAGGUAGACCAGACCAGGAAACUGCCAUCACAAGGAAUAUUAAAGCUCGGCUUGAUUCGAUAUAGAGAAUACCAGCAGAAUCCUGAAAGUGGUCUCUCCUUUGUUCCCGCUGACACCAAAGCACAUCCAGACGAUGGAGCCUUGAGCUUCUUUCUCACCCCUUCCUGUUUUCCUGGGGUGAAUUCAUGUUUUCCUAACAGCUGCCAUGUAUUUUUUUUGGGACUUCCCCAUCUCUCAAUCCUUUGAGGUAGACCAGGCCGAGAAACCCCCGACAUAAGAAAUGUUAGACUUUAUUGGUACCAUAGUAGUAGAAUCUUGAAAACGUCUCCCGUUCGUUCCCGCUGGCACCAAAGAAUAUCAAGACAAGGCAGCCUUCAGCUUUUUUCUCACCCAUUCCUGUUUUCCUGGGGUGAAUUCAUGUUUUCCUAACAGCUGCCACAUAUUUUCUUUGGGACUUCCCCAUCUGUCAAUCCUUUGAGGUAGACCAGGCUGAGAAACCCCUGACAUAAGAAAUGUUAGACUUUAUUGGUAUCGUAGUAGCAGAAUCUUGAAAACGUCUCCCAUUCAUUCCCGCUGGCACCAAAGAAUAUCAAGACAAGGCAGCCUUGAGCUUCUUUCUCACCCGUUCCUGUUUUCCUGGGGUGAAUUCAUGUUUCUUCUUUUUCUUUCAACCUCAAAGUAAGUCUGUCCGUUUCCACACAUUGUAGUAUUUUUUAAAUUACUCCUUCCUCUGGUGGUAUUUCUUCAUUUUUUUCCCCAGUGUUGUGCGAAUAUGAUUCUUGCUGCCGUUAUCCCAUGUGGAAUCAAGGAUACACGUUGUUUCUCUCAUUAUCUAUAUAAAUAAAAAUGUUCGUUUGUUCAAAA